GGCGUCCCCGGCGGGGAAGAUUGCCGAGUGUACGCGACUACGUGGGGUUUGGCGGGGUUUGUCGGAUCGAUAGCGCGCAUGAGAGUGCGCGAACACCUACGUCGGGUGAUCGUGUCGACCUGGUCGCCACCGUGGAGUCGAGCAUCCGAUGAAGUAUUCCCCGAUGUCAAUAGCGUACGUGCGUCCGAGUGACGAGCACCGGGUACGGUAGCUCCUCGACGAAGAACUCAAGUCGGCUCGUGUGUGUCCAUUGCGCGCGUACGACAAACGUCAUUGAACGCCGGCCGGUUUUGUCCGUGGUGGUUGGAUCGCGCUCGAAACCGAGAAACGAUCGGAACGGGUCCGUUCGCCGCGAGUGAACUCUACGUCGCGAGGUUAUGUUCGCGGUAGUUAGGCGCGGAAGUACCGCGGGAGCCGGUAUGGUGUCUCGUUGAGAGAAAGUGAUAUGUCCGUGAUGUCUCGAGGCUCGCCCUGGCGCUGGCUCGCGCCAGGGACGAGGAACACCACGCUUUUUCUGGCCGUCGUCAUCCUCCUCGGCUUGUUGUCGCGAGGUGUCGUCGCCGAGAAGAGUAAAAAAUAUCAGAUGAGCGAUGUAUGCAAGAAAUACUUCAUGCGCGAUCUCUACAGGAAGAUAGACGGGGCUGUUCUCAUAUCGCAAAAUGAGAGGGACCUGGACUGCACCAUCACCUUCCAAACGCACAGCAUUCUUCAGCGAUUCAUGCUGCGUUUCGACCAACUGCAACUGGACUGCAACGAUCAUCUGUACAUCUACGAUGGCGCGCACGCGGUCAGCAGUUACAAGAGCACAGCUGCAAGGACUUCCGGUGCACCCAGAACGAAUUCUGCAUCGAGACGGACCUCAUUUGUGACGGUGUGAAUCACUGCGGCGACGGUUCUGACGAGGCUACCUCCACCCUCUGUGCCAACUCCGAGGUGUCGACGAUCCUGGGCAUGCAGACGACCUGGUUCGCGGUCGCCCUCGUUUUUCUGAUCCUGAGCGUAGCGGGCCUGGUCACGGCGGGUGUUUUGUGCUUCUGCAGGCAACGCGUCGCGACUCCGAGACACCUUCAUAACGCGCACAAUGCCCAGAGUCAUCCUCCGGUCAGCUUCCCAUGGAUUCCGAGCUCGUCGUGGCGCUACGUGCUGAUUCAACGUGAAGUUUCCCUCGCGGCUCACCGGCAUGCGAGCCGCUCGGUAGUUUCGUUCCGACCGUCAAGUGAAAUCGGCCCAAACGGCAGAAGUCUUCGAUCUUCGUGUUGGUGGGCCAGUGGACCAGUCCCAGCGUCGAAGAUGGACCCACCGAUGAUGGUCGUUCGGAAAGCGGUCGGCGUCUACCUUCUGACGAUUCUAAUAACGAUUCAGUCCUGUACGGCGGCCCAGACGCAGCCAUUCGUCAUCAGCAACACGCUAGACUCGCACGGCUCCCCAGGCAAGGACUACUUCGUGGGCCCCUGUCUAGUGAACACCAAUCAAACGUGCCCCGACAAGGAAGUGACCUUCUUCCUGUACACGCAAAGGAAUCCAAACGACAGCCAGCAGAUCCUGGUGGACGAGACCGGCUCGAAUCUUCUGCAAACCAAUUUCAUGCCCUCGAAUCCUACGAAGAUCAUCGUCCACGGCUACGACUCCAGCAUGCGGCUGACGUAUUUGGUGGAUGUGCGUAACGAGUACUUGAAAAGCUACGACUACAACGUGAUCGCGGUGGAUUGGCAUCGGUUGGCCUCGGCACCGUGUUAUCCAAUUGUAGUGCGAAACGUGCCACACGUGGGCGACUGCGUGGCCCAGCUAGUACAGAGGAUAAGGGAUACGGGGGCGGAAGACAUACACGCGAUCGGAUUCAGCCUCGGUGCCCACGUGCCGGCGUUCGCGGCCAACGCUCUGCGACCCUACAAAAUGCCGAGGAUCACCGGCCUAGACCCUGCCAUGCCCUUGUUCGUCACCGUUGACGACGAUCACAAGCUGGACGCCGGCGACGGCCAGUUCGUCGACGUGGUUCACACGAACGCGUUCAUUCAGGGUAAGAUAGAGAUGAGCGGGCACGUGGACUUCUACAUGAACGGUGGCGUGAACCAGCCCGGCUGCUGGGAGAUGGGGAACCUGUUCGAGUGCGACCACCACAGAGCGGUGAUGUAUUUCGCGGAGUCUAUCAAUACGAAAGUGGGUUUCUGGGGCUGGCAAUGCGGCGGAUUCGUCCCUUAUCUGUUGGGUCUUUGUCCGCCGCGGUAUCCGGCCGUUUUGGCCGGCGAUAAAGUAGACAGGAAGAGGAGAGGGUUCCAUUUGGUGAGGACGCACUCUCGUAGCCCGUACGCCAUGGGAAAUUUCAGCGUGAACCGGUUGGAUAUGUCCUAUAUGUAAGAAGGACCACGGCGUUAAUGUCGCGAGAUAAGGUUCCCUCGAUAACGGGGUAAUGUACGACGGAGGCUGCGAAUGCGAUCUUCGUCCUCGAUAUACGGAAACCGGCACGCGCGUGUGGAAUCGACGACUGCUGCUGGAACCGAAUGAAUGUUCGCGAAUUCUUGGGGAAAGUUGCGCGGGUCUCGAGUGAUCCGCGGAGGAACACGUUCCGUGCGAAGGUCAGGGAAUUCCUAGCACCUGGUGCCACGGUAGUCGAUAUCGUGUUCGACGAGGGAAAAGAAGCGGAGCUAACUUACGCGCUCGUCUAGACGCCAAUUCCUUAUCGAUUCGACGUUUACGACACGGAUAGAAGAAAAUUAAUUGCUGCGGUCCAGAGAGAUGUUGAAAUCGCGACGGUGACGUUUCGCGCGGCUGCUAUUGGAUUUUCUUUAACUCGAUUCCGUUAUUUAUUAGUGUGAAAGUUUCCUUGUGAAUUUCCUCUUCUAGUUCAAUUUCAAUUUUGUUUGCGUUGAAUCAUGUUCGAGCACUUGUUUGUUCUUCGUAAAAGUGUACGGUACCGUCACUUUUAGAAUUAACUAGCUUAAUGAUUGGCUAACUACUACGAGCCUCUUGCAUAAUCGUUUUAUGCUAUAUUAUGUCACGCCUUGGAUAGUUCCAUAUACAUCUACAUACUUAAUAGAGUAAAGUGUAAUUUAAGUAGUGUAAUACGCUCAGUUAAAGUAUAAAUACACGCAAUUAUGAACACAAAGACGAUUAUAGAACGUGUUAGUCGUGAUUAUUCUAAUUACUUCAUUUGGGUGAUUGCAACAAGUCUUACACAUCUACAUACUUAAUAGAGUAAAGUGUAAUUUAAGUAGUGUAGUACGCUCAGUUAAAGUAUAAAUACACGCAAUUAUGAACACAAAGACGAUUAUAGAACGUGUUAGUCGUGAUUAUUCUAAUUACUUAAUUUAGGUGAUUACAACAAGCAGUCUUUCUUUUAAUAGCUUGUA